AUGGAUACGAAUUAUGCUCCCAACGUUGGCAUCUUGGAAAAUUUGCAAUUAGAGGAUGUAGUCGAGAGUCAAACAUUUGCAAGCAGGAAUGAUAAUGCAAUUGUGAGUGUGAGUAAUGCUGCUGCUUCAAUCGCUAUUACACCAGCUCCUCUAACGACAACAAAUAUUCAGAACAUGACAAAAUCUACAUACACUCAUUCAAACAAUAAUAACAACAACAUUAAUAACAGAGAUACAGUGACACGAAGAGAGGAGCAAGGAGAGUGCCUCGAAUCGACACAUUCACGAAUGGAAGCCGAACAAAAUGAAGAGUUGCCCAGCACCACGUACAAAUCGCCCUGCUGUCUAGCGUUCCCUUUGCCGUCGGUGCCAAUGCAGUCGUUGGCACCGACACUAUCAAUCACAUCACCACUUCCAGCAUCGGCGGCGACGAGCAAUGAUUUGAACAGAGAGCAUUGGUAUGCACACGCCCAUGUACACGCCCAUCCGCAUCCACAUUCACAUCCGCAUCAUCAUCAUCACCACCAUCACCACCAUCAUCAUCAGCAAUUGAGCGAGGAUUUAGUAGUGUAUACACCGCCAGUUGUCUCGGCCGCCACAUCCGCUUCGGUGACGCCGGCAGCGUCGACCAGCCCGACGUCGAUUGGGAAAUAUGGACUCGAUAGCUCCACCGAUGGUUACCUUAGUUCCCGUGUGCAUGCAACAACAACAUCACCAACAGUCAGCAGCAAAGGAGUACGUCACGAAAGGACAUCCUCAGCAACAGCAUUUUUCGAUAUUCCCGCUGUGACACAUCCUUAUUGCUACAGAUUCCCAUCAACACCACCCGCGGGGAUUCUUAAAAAGAACGACCAAGAACCAACACUGUCGUUUUGCAACAACCCAACAACUGCUGCAAGCACAAAUAUGGUACCUAUGAGUCAUCAUUACCACAGCACUAAAGUGGAGCAUCCCGAUUCGACUACAACACAUUUAAGUGGUCAUUCUCAUCAGCAAUUGGCACAUCAUCAUCCAACUCAUAUGCAUAUACAGCCACAUCCUCAUACGCAUCCCGCAAGUCAACAGCCACUACCCACGCAUACACACACACAUCCACCCAGCCAUCCUCACGUACACUCUAGUAUAUUACAUCAACCGCACCCCAGUAGCCACUUAUCCACCCACGCAUCCGCUUUCAAAUUCGGUCAUGGAGCCAUCAUAUCAACCGGUGCUACAAGCAUGUAUCAUCAACAUCCUUAUAGUACAAGCAAUAGCAACUCCUAUGGUCUACGUACAAGCGGCUCACUCUCACCUACGCUCACAUUGCCAUCAACAAGCUCGGCAGAUGUUGAUCUAAAAUACGACAGUCCCUAUAAUUCCACCAUAUCAUCCACCUACGCACUGCGGCCAGUCACAGUGGAUUCGACUACCGUUUCCUCUACCGAUGGUGACAUGAAAUACGAUAGCCUCUAUAACAAUGCCAUUUCGACCAGUCAAACAGUGUCUCAACGACGCGGCUCGUUGCAGUUGUGGCAAUUCUUAGUGGCUCUACUCGACGAACCCACGACGAGCUCAAGUUGUAUAGCUUGGACUGGACGUGGCAUGGAGUUCAAGCUUAUUGAACCCGAAGAGGUGGCGCGUCGUUGGGGCUUACAAAAGAAUAGACCAGCCAUGAAUUACGACAAAUUAUCCCGAAGUUUACGUUACUACUAUGAGAAGGGUAUUAUGCAGAAGGUAAAUGGGGAACGGUAUGUAUAUCGAUUUGUUUGCGAUCCAGAAGCACUUUUUAACAUGGCUUACGGGCAUUUGGCGAGCGGGACAAGCAGUGCAUCCAACACAGCUAAGAGUGACCAUCACACGCAUAUCUUAUCUACGGCAGCAGCGGCGGCAGCGGCAGCAGCAACAUUAUCCGCAACGAAAAUCUUAUCGGAACCGAAUGAUCACAAUGGUAACUUGUUGAGCAGAAAUGAAUUAUCAAUUAAUGACGACCACACGUUGGAUCACAGCGGUGGGGAAAGGGAAAGGAGUCUCGUGACUCAGUUGAACGCUGCUAAUGUGAGAGCCAAUAGCGAAAGUCUCUUCUACACCAGUCCCAUUCACAAAUACUAACAGCCCAAUAUGUAUUAAGAAAAUAU